AACAUAUAGCCCUGUGCUUGUUCCAAUAGGCCACACUGUCUCCCUUGUCUCCAAGCUGUGAUGUCCUCUGGAAGAAGGGGAAAAGCAAGUUGAACUGAUAGAUUGACACAUCUGUUUUUCACUUUCUGAAGCCAGAAUCAGAGCCAGAGCUGCUUUUCUGACCUGCCUGCUUGUUGGUGACCAGGGCCUACAAGAUCCACCCAGGAUCUGCCUCAAUAAAGAAGUCCCCGUUUGGACUCUCAUGAUACCAGGCCUACCCUUAUGACUAAUUGCCAAAGAAUGAACGCCUCUCACCUAGACAUUUCCAAAUUGAGAACCAGAUUGAUCUGUCCAAAUUCCAAACCUCAGACUUGAAAGCUCAACUCAACUCUUUCUGGAUGCUUUGCAUGGAUGUUGACAAUGCUUCAUUGGCACGCCUUGAUCUCAAGCGGAAAGUCAAAUCCUUCCAAGAAGAGAUAGUCUUCUUGAAGAAACUUCACAACGGGGAAAUCCAGGAGCUGCAGGCCCGGAUUCAGGAACAGCACAUCCAAAUCGAUGUGGAUGUGGCUAAGCCUGAUCACACUGCUGCCCUGCAUGAUGUUCGCCAGCGGUACCAAGAUGUGGCUGCAAAGAACGUCCAUGAAGCUGAAGAAUGGUACAAAUCCGAGAGCGAAUCUCUGGAGCGCCAGAUGCAUGAGAUGGAGGAGAACUUUUCUGUUGAAGCUGCUAACUACCAAGACACUAUUGGCCGCCUUCGGGAUGAAAUCCAGAGCAUGAAGGAAGAGAUGGCUUGCCACCUGCAUGAAUACCAGGACCUGCUGAAUGUCAAGAUGGUACUGGAUAUUGAGAUAGCCACCUACCGCAAAUUACUGGAAGGGGAGGAGAGCAGGAUUGCCCCGCUGGUUCCAAGCUUUUCUUCCUUGAACCUAAGAGAAACCAACAUUGACUCCCACCCUCUGGUGGACACCCAUCCCAAGAGAACACUCCUUAUCAAGACUGUUGAAACUAGGGAUGGACAGACAGUUGUUCACACAUUACGUGGUCCUUCUCCUCAACUUGUUGUUCACAGGUCAUCAACGAAACAUCCCAACACCAUGAUGAUUUAUAGUGAAAACCUGCACCGAUGCCCAGUGCAGCAACACCUUACCAGCAAGCAAAAGAAUUUGACCAAGUCCUAA